AUGGCAUUGUUCGAAUUCUCCUUCCAAUAUGUGGCUCAGAAGUCAAUCAUAGGUCAGGCAUUGGCCGAUUUCUUGGCCCACCACCCGGCUCAAGGGCAGAUAGAAGAGUUGGAGGUCGAGAUCGGCAUGGCUCGCAUGGAGAAGAACUACUGGACCAUGUACUUCGAUGGCUUUAGUACCGAGACCAGAUCUGGCACCGGGGUCGUGAUCGAGUCCCCCCAAGGACAAAGAUGGCAAUUCGCGUUCCAACUUGAUUUCAAAUGCACCAAUAAUCAGGCCGAAUAUGAAGCGCUCAUCAUCGGUCUUGAAAUUCUAAAAGAAAUAAAGGCAACCCGUGUCCUGGUCUACGGUGAUUCUCCGCUAGUAAUUAACCAAUUGACCGGGGAAUACCAGUGCACGAGCGAGAAUUUAACCAUGUAUUAUGUAACGGCCCUCAAUACAGCUCGCGAGUUUUCUAGGAUCUCCUUCGUUCACGUGCCGUGCACCAAAAACCAUGAGGCCAAUGAGAUGGCCCAGGUAGCAUCAGGUGUGAACAUUCCGGACAGCGACCACGAUCGCGUGAUAAGAAUCGAGAGGCGUACCCUGCCGGUUUUGACCGAGCGAGGAAUGACGAUGCAAGUAUCAUCGGCCGAAAUCACCGACGAGGUCGAAACGGCCGAAGCCGACGGGCGCUACCUGUAA